UUUCAGAUUUUUGCAAAUUUCCGUGUUAUAUCAUUCUCGAUAUAUUGAAAAAUGCCAAAUUUUGGUCAAUUACCGAAAGUAGUCUUUGUUUUAGGACCUCCAGGAUGUGGCAAAGGAACACAGUGUAUGAAAUUAGCAAAGAAUCUCGGUUUGAAGCAUUUGAGUGCCGGCGAAUUGCUUCGGAAUGAAAGGAAACGUAGUGAUUCUCAAUAUGGACAAAUUAUUGAAUCACAUAUUCGGAAUGGCACUAUUGUUCCGGUUGAAAUUACUUGCAAACUUCUCGAAAAUGCAAUGAAUGAUUCGUUGUCUGCAAAAGCAUUCUUGAUUGAUGGUUUCCCAAGAAAUCAGAAUAAUGUGGAAGGAUGGGAACGUAUGAUGCUUUCAAAAGCAAAUGUUCUAUUCGUUUUAUAUCUGCAUUGUCCAGAUGACAUUUGUGUAAAAAGAUGCUUGAAUCGUAAUGAAGGACGUUCGGAUGAUAAUGAGGAGUCGUUACGUAAAAGGAUUAAAACAUAUCAUACACAAACAAUACCAAUCAUAGAACACUACAAGGCAAAAAAUCUUGUGCGACAAGUAUCAGCAACGGCAUCACCAGAUGAGGUUUACGAAGAAGUGGAAAAAAUUUUUAAAAACUCUGGCAUCUAAGAAUGCCUGAAAAUCC